AUGAGCAACAUAAUGAUCCGCAAAUUUCUCGAAGACGACGCCAUAGAAUACGAUGCGCCAAUCACCUCGCAUGAGACCGAUUGCGACGAAUAUCCCCGAGAAGAAUACUGUUUCUUCUACGGGACCCUACAAGACCUAGACAGACUAUCUCUAGUCUUGGGGACUGCAAACCCACCCCCUAUGCGCCGUGCCAGAGUGACUGGCUAUGAAAUCAAGCUCUGGGGCCCAUAUCCUGCUACGGCCGACAAAAAACUGAGCUCGGUGAAUGGUAUGGUGUGUGGUCUCUUGUCGCCGAUACAACUUGAUCUCCUCGCCGCCUACGAAACAGAAGAAUACAAACUGAGGUCGUGCUUGAUCGAUAUUCUCAACGACGACGACAGUGUUGAAAGAACUAUCGAGGGUGUUAUAUUUACGUGGGCUGGACAGCCUGAGGAGCUUCGGGAGGGCACGUUUGAUCUGAAGCAAUGGAAAAAAGACCAAGAACUGCGGGAAUUGGAGUUGGAGUUCGCGUAA